CUCAUCUAUACCGCCCUCCGCGCCAACGCCUAUCAAUAUGUCUUCGAGGUCGGCGGCGUCUAUGUUCUGGUCGCCAUCCUCACCCUCUUCAUCUAUUCGAGCCGACUCUACACCAAUCGUGCCGUCCUUGCCGCCGUCGGCAAGUCUUGGAUACCUGUGCAGCCCGGCGAGGUCAGCAAAAAUGUCCACAAAGAGGUUGUCAAGGCUGCCAACAGAAGCGCCAGGAUCGCCUUCGAGACCAAGCCCCGAAACCUGCAGCCUGAGCUUGAGCGAACCAGAAAACAACACCACGAGUCCGACGACGGCGAACUCACCACCGUGGGCAACAUAAUCCACAUUGAUCCCCAAAAUCCUCCUUGGGGUCGCGUCUCACACGCUGGCUGGUCUUCGCCUUCUCAGCUGGACGCGCACCUUGCUCCUCACAUCCAGUUCCGCACUGUUGUCAUGGAGUUGCCCAACCUUGUCGAAGCUCGUGCCGUUUCGCUAGCACCUCCGGACCCGUCUUUCGUCGCUUCUACCCAAGAUGCCACCACCGCCACACCCGAUUUACGCAUCGUGACUUUGCUUUCGAGGAGUCCCACGGCAGAUAUGCGCUCAUACCUGGCACAACUCUCUAACCUCGGCCUGUUCCCACCGCACGCCGGUCAAGACUUCGUCCAACGCUAUGAACACGCUCGGUUCUCUCCUAUACCUAUCAACGAGGAUGAGUUCGACGCAUUGAUGUCGGCCUUCGCCACUUUACUAGCCAGUAUGAGCCAGCUACCACCUCGGGUCGUUGAC